CCCUCCUUCCCCUCCAGGCUCUCCCGCCGCCCGCCGGUGGCGGCGGCCCCGGCGAGCAGCGGAGCCCCGCGGAGAUCGCCCGGGCCGCUCUCCGGGCCCCAGGGGGCGGCGACUCGACGCGACGGGGCGUAGGCGGCAGGGUGCGCUCGGAGGGAGCGACUGGCGGCUGGGGGCCGGGAGGCCCUGCGGCCGGCGCUCGACGAGCGCGCUCUCCACGGCCCGCAGGGGUUGCUCUGCGCGCAGGUGGCGCCCCGCCGACAACUGGAACGCAUGGGCGCGUCGAAGGAGAGGAGCGGGCAGCGAUGGCGUGGCGUGCAGAAUCGGAUAGGUAUUAUAAAGUCCGCCCCGAGCUGCUGGAGUCCCAGUGCAGCAAGGGGGGACGAGCGAUAGAGAGAGAGAGAGACAGAAGGUCUUACGCAGAGGGGGAACGAGAGGAGAGGAGCCGAGGCAAAGGCUUGAGGAGCGGAGCCAGAGCGAGCUCACGCGGGCGCGCCCGGGCGCGGCCGCCCUCCUCACUGCUGGUCCAUGUCGUAGGCAUCCUCCGUGGUGUCCUGCGCUUUCUGGUACGCGCUGACGCUGUGGCGCCCAUCGCUGCCACGGCCCCUGCAGCCCAUGGUGAGCUUGCACCUGCAGGAUCGUGCCAGUAGCUGUAGAACUUGCAGGGGCCCCGGCACUUGGCGCGGCAGUCCUCCCAACC